AUGCGUGCAUUUUGCAUGAUUGGCUUCCCUCUAUUGUGGGCAAGCAACUGCCUGUCAUCUGGUUGCGCGCAGAGGCUGGAUCCCUAUCUGAGAGAGAUAGUUCCUCCUUUGCCGACUUCACGACAACCUUCCCCGUUUGAUCGCGCUCGGCAACGUCUCGAUAACCCCACGCCCCCGAGUUCUAGUGCCCGUCCAUCACCGGGCCGGCUUCAACGGCUAAGCGUUCCUGAUAACCUUGGUUCGAUGAAUGAGAUUGAAGCGCGCGUGCCUCUUGCCGACGGGGCGUCAUGGUUUCGGAGCCGCUUCUAUAUGAAGUACCCGUCAGUGCUGCCGUACACUCGACGCAGUCUACCCAAAGAACAUUUUCUUUACUUACCUACGGAGGAUUCGACUGCACCCGAACAACCAGGUGAUACGGUAAUGGAUGCGACAGUAAGUCGUCCAUUCAACAGAACGACGUGGCAUCUUCAGUAG